AUGUUCCUACCAGAGUUCAAUCAAUUCUCAGCACUGGCUACAGCAAUCACAUCUGUGACAUCUGUCCUGUUGCUACUCGCUGUUGCCCGACAAUUGUGGGCAUUCCGGUGGUCCGUCACACGGGAUAGAGACAAUAAGCUUCCUCUUCCUAAUGGCUCCAUGGGCUGGCCACUCAUUGGAGAAACCUUCCACUGGUUGUUUCAGGGGUCAAACUUUCACAUCUCCAGGAGGGAAAAAUACGGAAACGUAUUUAAAACCCACCUUUUAGGGAAACCGGUUAUCCGUGUGACAGGAGCAGAUAAUAUCCGUAAAAUCCUGCUGGGAGAACACAGCUUGGUGUGCACGCAGUGGCCUCAGAGCACUCGGAUCAUCCUGGGACCAAACACACUGGUUAACUCCAUUGGAGAUAUUCAUAAACAAAAAAGAAAGAUUUUGUCAAAAGUGUUCAGUCGCACGGCUUUGGAGACGUACAUCCCCCGAAUACAGGAUGUUGUGAGGUCUGAAAUUGCCAAGUGGUGUUCGGCGCCCGCUUCUGUGAAUGUAUUCGCUGCAGCCAAAGCGCUCACUUUCCGCAUCGCUGUCCGCGUGCUAUUGGGACUGAGUAUGGAAGACGCUGAUGUAGAUCAUCUCUCCAAAAUAUUUGAGGAGCUCAUCAACAACCUCUUCUCACUCCCAAUUGAUGUGUCCUUCAGUGGACUCCGCAAGGGUAUAAAAGCCCGUGAAAAACUUCACGCAUUUAUGGAGAAAAUAAUCUUAGAGAAACUACAGAACCAACGGUCCGAGGGAAACGAUGCAUUUGACUACAUACUAAGUAGUGCCAAGGAAAAUGGCCAUACUUUAACUGUUCAAGAACUUAAGGAAGCUGCGGUGGAGCUAAUCUUCGCUGCGCACUCAACCACUGCCAGCGCCUCCACUUCUCUCAUUCUCCAGUUGCUGAAACAUCCGUGUGUCGUUGAAAAGGCCAGGCACGAACUGGAGGCGUAUGGACUAAGAAGAGUUUCAAAAAGUGGCAAUCACUCAGAUGCUGAGCAAUGCCUAGAUUCCACUUUCAAUCUGCCUUAUCUGAGUUUGAAGAAACUAAACCAGCUGCGUUACCUGGACUGCAUUGUAAAGGAAGUUCUCAGGUUUCUCCCACCGGUGUCCGGAGGUUACAGGACAGCACUGCAGACCUUCGAAUUAGAUGGUUAUCAGAUUCCCAAAGGAUGGAGUGUCAUGUACAGCAUCAGAGAUACCCACGAGACAGCUGCAGCUUAUCAGAGUCCGGAAGUAUUUGACCCAGAUCGCUUCGGAAUUGGACGAGAGGAAAGCAAGAUUGGACGCUUUAAUUACGUGCCAUUUGGUGGUGGUGUAAGGAGCUGCGUUGGCAGGGAACUGGCACAAAUCAUAUUGAAAACUCUGGCUAUUGAGUUACUCUGUACUGCCGAUUGGAGGCUGGCCACUCAAACCUUCCCCGCAAUGCAGACUGUGCCUAUUGUUCACCCAGUUAAUGGACUACAUGUUUAUUUUGACUUUGUGAAUUCUGUGAAGACACUACCAGACAGUCAGUCUGAGUGUAUUUAGAUGUACACCUUACAUGUCAAGGGGCAACCACUACAUGAAGUGGUCAUCAGCACAUUUUAAUUUAAGCAUGUUGAAAAUUUUCACUGUUUCAUCCGUUGGCCAACAAUCUAGCCGGACAAUGCAACAUCCAAGAUUUCCUUCAAUACACUGCUACCAAAAUACAAAAAUUUGGAAUCAACACAAAGUUACUACUCACUUGAUGUGCAAGGUGAAACAAUGGCCAUUAUUUGAACAUGAAGUGUGAAAUAUAGUCUAGGUACAUUCAAAGUAAAGCCAUUUCCUUCAAAGUGAUAUUUAUACCCAAAAGUGGAUUAUGAAAUCUCCCUUCAGAAGAAAAUGUUCUUUAAAAAAGAUAUUUAUGUUCUGGAAAUACACAAUAAGUUACGCAACUGCACAGGGAAAACACUUAAUACUAAAGGCCCAGAGUAAGACAAACACUAGAGCAAUACAAUAGAUGCAGCAGACAAGUGUAAUAGACAGACCAAUGUACGGCAGUACUGAGAUUCAAGUAAUGCGUCUGAGCAAGUGUCACCUGAUGUAAAAAAAUGCUGUUGAUAUGUUCUUUGAUUGUGAGUUCAGAUUUUGCUACGUGGUGUUUUGAUGUUGUACAUACGAGCAUGGUGGUUGUUUCAAACCCUGUGCUUCUUUGUAUUGUGUUAAAUA